CGGGCCGGACCGGGCGGAGCGGGGACCGGACCCAGCGGCGCACACCCUCCGCGGUCCGCAGAUGGCGGCGCCGGGCGUGGGGCCCGGGCCGGGGCCGCCACCGGGGCUGGAGGCGGCCCUGCAGAAGCUGGCGCUGCGGCGGAAGAAGGUGCUGAGCGCCGAGGAGAUGGAGCUGUUCGAGCUGGCGCAGGCGGCAGGCGGCGCCAUGGACCCCGACGUGUUCAAGAUCCUGGUGGACUUGCUGAAGCUAAACGUGGCGCCCCUCGCAGUCUUCCAGAUGCUCAAGUCCAUGUGCGCCGGUCAGAGGCUGGCGAGCGAGCCCCAGGACCCCGCGGCGGCGCCCCUGCCCACGCCCAGCGUGCCUGAGACCCGAGCGGCCUCCUUUCUCUCUGCCGAGAACUGUAUCCCCCCCGCAAGGCCCUCCUUUUCCUCGGCCCUGCAGCCUGCGGCCUCUCCAGUUCUGCUCCACGGCCCAGCUGCCUCGCACUCGCCUCUUUCUCCGGGGCCCCCCGGUUCCCUCCGGUUCUCUUGCUGCCUGUUCUCUCCUUUUGCAGGGCUUCCCUUCCCUGGUGGUGCAGUGGUUGAGAACCUGCCUGCUAAUUUAGGGGACAUGGGUUCGAGCCCUGGUCUGGGAGGAUCCCACAUGCCGCGGAGCAACUAGGCCCAUGAGCCACAACUACUGAGCCUGCUCGUCUGGAGCCUGUGCUCCACAACAAGAGAGGCCAUGAUAGCGAGAGGCCCGCACACCGCGAUGAAGAGUGGCCCAGCUUGCCACAACUAGAGAAAGCCCUUGCACAGAAACGAAGACCCAACACAGCAAAAAUAAAUAAAUUAAUUA